AUGUCUCAGAGAAAAUACGCACUAGAUAUUUUGCAAGACUCGGGACUUCUCGGCGCACGCCCUAACAAGUUUCCAAUGGAGCAGAAUUUGAAACUCACUCCCACAGAUGGAGCAUUGCUAAAUGAUGCAAUUAAGUAUAGAAGACUGGUUGGCAAACUUAUUUAUCUUACUGUCACAAGGCCUGACAUAGUCUAUUCUGUUCUAGCAUUAAGUCAAUUCAUGCAUCAACCUCGCAAACCUCAUUGGGAUGCUGCCAUACGGAUCCUCAAAUACAUCGAAGGUACUCCUGGUCAAGGUUUGCUAUUUCCUGCCACCAACAAUCUUGCCUUAAAAGCCUUUUGUGAUUCAGAUUGGGGUGGUUGUCGUGUCACCAGGAGAUCGGUUAUAGGCUACUGUGUUUUUCUAGGAAAUUCUCUUAUCUCAUGGAAAUCUAAGAAACAAGCCAAUGUUUCUAGAUCUUCAGCAGAAGCCGAAUAUCGAGCUAUGGCUAACACAUGUUUGGAGCUGACCUGGCUAUGCUAUAUAUUACAGGAUUUAAAAGUCCCACAAAUAGCUCAUACACCAUUGUUUUGUGAUAAUCAGGCAACUUUGUACAUUGCAACGAAUCCAGUUUUCCAUGAGUGUACAAAGCACAUUGAGAUAGACUGUCACAUAAUUCGAGAAAAACUGCAAGCUGGAAUGAUUAGUCAUUCACAUGUAUCUACGCGCUUCCAGUUGGCCGAUGUAUUUACAAAGGCCUUGGGGAAAGAUCAAUUUGUGGCACUACGCGACAAGUUGGGAGUUCAUGACAUUUACUCUCCAACUUGGGGGGAGUAUUAA